AUGCCUCCUGCGAAAAAGAGAAAGACCGGCAAAAGAGCAAAUGCCUCAGCAUCAGCUCAGACCCCAACAGAAGCUUCGCAACCAGCAGAGGUACCAGAGGUCUCAGGCCCAGCGCCGACCGAAGAUGGCGAUGCAGACAUGCCCGAGGCCCCAGCAGACACCAAUAGCGCAGCGAAAGAAUCUUCCAAAUCUCCAAAACCAGCCGCCGCCGACACAUCAGCAAAAGCCGAAGACCGUCUGGCCCGCUUCCGGGCCCUGCAAGCGCGAGCGAAAAAGUCGUCGGACCAAAACUUAGCUGAGGCGACCAAAGAAUCCCAACGGCUGGCGACGGACCCAUCGGCGCUGACGGCGCUGAACCGCAAACGCGACGUAGCGCAGCAUAAGCUGCUCAAGGCGGAGACGGAGGAGGCCGGGGACGACUUCGAGCGCAAGCGAGCGUGGGAUUGGACGGCGGAGGAGAGCGAGCGGUGGGAUAAGCGGCUCAAGAAACGGGCGGCCGCGCGCGACAAUAAUGCCUUCAAGGACUACCGCGUUGAGGGCAACAAGGUGUACAAGCGGCAGCUGCGCGACAUGGCACCUGAUAUGGACAAGUACGAGAAAGACAAGAUGGCCGCUAUUGAGAAGGCAGCCGCGUCGGGUGGGCUCGACAUUGUGGAGACGGAGGAUGGGGAGCUGAUCGCGGUCGAUAAGGAUGGGAGCUUUUACUCUACGGCCGACUCGACGUCCUUCGUGGAGCAUAAGGCCGACAAGGGCGCUGUGGAUCGCCUCGUGGCGGAGAUGAAGAAGGCCGAGGAUGCUAGGAUGCGCAAAAGAAGGGAACGUAUGGCGCAGAAUGGUGAUGACGGCGAUGUGACGUACAUCAACGAGAAGAACAAGCAAUUCAACCAGAAGUUGAAUCGGUUCUACAACAAAUACACGGCUGAGAUAAGGGACAGCUUUGAAAGGGGGACCAUGAUUUGA